AUGGAAGAAGAAUAAUAAGAGUAAGAAUAAAAAGUUCAAGAUAAAUUAACACGUUUGUAUUAGGAUGAACAUGAUAAAUUUUUAUAGGAAAGAAAUAAAGCAGUUACACUUUAAAAAGAUGUUGAUAAUUUAAAAAAAAGAUUUAGUGAUCUUUAAGAUGAUUAUAAAGUAUUUAGGGAUAGAUAUCAAAAAGAAAAUAUAGAUAAUAAAGAUUCAAUUAGGAUAUAGAAUGAGGAAAUUGAAAAAUUGAAGAAAACACUAUCUCAACAAACAAAAGAAAUUGGAGAUUUAGAAAGAUCAAAUAAAAAUAAAGAAGAAUAAAUUCAUGAUUUAGAAAAUGAAAAUGAAACUAUAAAAAGAAGAAAUAGAGAACUUUAACAUAGAAUCUAAUUAAUUGAAAUAAAUCCUAUUACUACAUCAAUCUAAACUCAACCUAUUAUUAAUUAAUCUUAACCUCCUACAAUUACAUAAGUUCCUUAAUUUGUAUAGUAAAAUCAAGAAUAAUAUGAUACAACUAAACCUUUAAAGUAAUUAAAUUCAGUAUAAUCAGAAAAUGAUCCUUAAAAUUAAUAAUAAGUAUAUGCUUAAAAAUAAUCUCUAUAACAAAUUACUGAAGAAAACAGAUCUUUAAUUUCGAAAAAUAAAAAAUUAAAUAAAAAACUUAAAAUAGCUAAUGAUAAAAUUCUUGAACUCUCUAUGAAAAAUACUAUCUUAGAAAAAUAAGUAUAAAGAAAACUUUCUCAACCACCAAUUUAAGAUAUUGAUAGAUAAAAUUUUGGUUUACAUGCUCAUUCUUAAUCUCCAUUUAAAUAAGAUUCUUUUUAAUAGUUAGAAACUGAAACACAUUAAUAAAGACAAUAAUAAUAAACUAUUCAUACUGAUACAAGAUUAGAUAGAUUUGAUAAAUAAGAUAAACUAAAUAAAUAAGAUAGAUUCGUUUAAUAAUCAUAAGAGAAAUAUAGACCAAGAGGUUAAUCUGGAAUAGAUGUUCGUGGAACUUAAGGAAAUCCAAUUGAUAUAAGAGAUGAUGAAUUAUUAAAUAAAGUUAUGAUGCUUACAGAUGCUUCGGGAUAGAAUAAAUAAUUUUGGUGA